UCCCCUUUUCCUCUUCUUUCCUUCUACCCCCUACCUAUAAGCUAUUCCGGCCAUGUUGUCCGCCAUCCUCCCUUCCGAAUCCGCCGUUAGCAACCCUUUGUUUGCCUUUAACGGCGGUUUUACCCCCUGGGAGAAUCUCGAAUCUUUUUUUACCUCCACUCAACUUAAACCUAAUAAUGAUCAAAAUAAACCAAAGUCAAAACCCAUCCUAAGUCGUUACCAUGCCGGUUUGGGUUUAGGUUCGGAAAGUCCAAACCUAAGUCGUUACCAUGCCGGUUUUGGUUUAGGUUCGGAAAGUCCUAACCUAAACUGUUACCAUGUUGGUUCAGAUUUAGAUUCGGAGAGUCCAAAUAAGAAAUCUUAUUUUGACCAACCCAAUCUAAAUCCUUUCCAUGCAGACUUCGAAACCACAAACCAACAAUUACCUUGUUUUGAUGACAAAUUUAAACUAAGUCGUUACCAUGUUGGUUCUGAUUUAGAUCUGAAAAGUCAAAACCAAAAAUCCCCUAGUUAUGACGAACUCAGCUCUAAUCAAGCCCAACCAACCCAAAACCCAAACCCAACCCGUUCGAGUUCGAGCUCUGAUGAUCCAAACCAAGACCGAAACGGUUCAAAUUCACGUUCAUGCCCCGAAAAUCCGGUUACCGACGAACGUAAACGUAAGCGUAUGAUAUCAAACCGGGAAUCAGCGAAACGGUCUCGGAUGCGGAAACAAAAACACGUAGAAAAUCUAAGGAACGACGCGAACAAACUUAAAGUCCAAACCCGGGAGCGGUCCAACAACCUACGGGUCAUGACCCAUCAAAUCCAAGUAGUAACGAGAGAAAAUGAACAACUGAAAACCGAGUCAGUGAUUCUCCAAAGGAAAUUAAUGCAAUUCGGCUAUAUUUGGAAACUCCAACAACUUCAAAAACAAUGUUCAUAUCUUCAUCACGCACCUCUACAUCCGACACUCUCAUGCACGCCCAUGCAAAUAAAUAACUUGACUCAAAAUCAACGUAUUUAAUUAUAGACUAAUUAAGUACGUAAUUUACGUCAAGAAAAUUAUCAAAUUAAGAUGCGUGUAUAUAAGACUAGUCUAUAUAUAAAUUAAUAAGUA